AGAAAAUACAUUUUGGUUCACUAACUGAUCCCAGCUUCUCGUUAGGCCACAGAGCCGGACCAUUAAGUCCACAUUUUUAUAUUUUAUUGAUAGACUAGGAUGAAAGUCCUCAAAUUUGGUUUAAAGGGGCAAAUCCGAGGCCCAUUUGAGCCUCUUUUGUUAACUAUAUUGAAGAACGCUUUAAAAAGAGAGAGCAGUUUGUGACCCGCAGGACAGUUAGCUUAGCUAGCUAGCUAACUAGCUAACGUUACGCUAGCUGAAAUAACGCGGUACUGACGUAACAGCUAGCUUAACGGUUCAUUGAUAUUUUAAUAAUUUCUCGACACCAUAUUGAAUGGUACUGUAUUUAACUUCGUCGAAUGGAUCUUUGUGAAGAUGGACAGCUUCAAAGUCGAUCCAGAGAUACAAAUCCCGGUGAAACGGGGCGUGGUGUGGUUCUCCGGGCGGGCAGCGACGAUGCCGUGACCGGCGACCCCAGAGCACUGCGCAACCUGACGGCCCUGGAGAAGACCUGCAGGGUGUCCCCUUACUUUGGCAGAGUCCAGACAGACAUCCAGCCAUACAUGAGGAGGAUACUGGCGGUGUGGAUGUUCCAGGUGUGCGAGGAGCAGAAAUGUGAGGAGGAGGUGUUUCCGCUGGCGGCGUAUUACCUGGACUGUUACCUGAGCCGUUCUGCCAUUGAAAAGUCCAACCUGCAGCUUUUAGGGGCUGCUUGCAUGUUCCUGGCCUCCAAAAUGAGAGAGACUGUCCCCCUGACUGCCAGCAAGCUUUGUAUCUACACAGACAACUCCAUUUCAGUCUCAGACAUACUGCAGUGGGAGGUGGCAGUGGUGUCCAGGUUAGACUGGUGUCUGGCCUCUGUGUUACCCUCUGACUACCUGGAGCCAAUUCUUCACACUCUCCACUUUGUUCGGCCUCACCUUCAAACCAUCCGCAGGCAUGUUCACUCCUACAUUGCUCUGGCAGCCACUGACUACAGGUUUUCAGUGUUCUUGCCCUCCACUGUUGCAUGUGCCUGUGUGAGCAUUGCCACGCAGAGACUAAACAUAGUGGACGCUGCUGUCGCCUCUGAUUCGGUCAUGGAGUUUUUGGCCAACCUUUUGGCCAUUGAUCUGAGCUCAGUCCUCCUCUGCUAUGACCAGCUGGGGAGUGUGCUGGAGCUCAGCCUGCCCUCUGGUUUCAAGGCUAGUGUUUACAGAUCAGGAGCACACAGCUCAGAGAUCAGCUACACCCCUGCUGACAUUCAGGAUGUUGUAUUGACACCGGUGACAUCAAGCUAAAACACUCCACCCUGCCAUGAAUGGCUACAAUGAACUGUGAAUCUACAGCCAUGAAACAGAACAAGAAGCCUAAAUUCCAGGGGAAAUGUGUCUAAAUGCCAUUUCUCCUUUAUCUUAAUUGUUCCUUUGCAUGUUGGUUGUUUUCAGGUCCCUCUGCGACAUGUGUGGAGCUACUACAGUUUGAGAAAUGAUUGAGAUUUGUUUUAAAUGUUCAUCCUGUUGCUGCUCGUUUUAAAGGAUUUUGCAAUUGCUAAAGCAGCUUUGAAAGAAUAUGAUUCUGAUUGUACCUUUGAUUAAUAUUUAGGGCCACAAUAACUUUUUUGUGAUACUGACAGUUGAAUUGCACUGAAUCCUAAUAGCAAUGUUUGCACAUUUUAAAUGUAAUAUCUUAAAUGUAAUGAAUAUUAGCUUUAUAUCUGGACAGUUCUGAUAAGUUUGAAUAGAAGUUUAUGCAUGGUUUUAACAUAAUACUAAAUUCCCUUGUGGCUAUUAAUCAAUCCUGUUAAAUUACGACAAAACAUUUGUAUGUAGGUCACUAACAACAUGAGCCAGCACUUGA